AUGCCAGCUACACGGCUGAUGGGACGACUCUUCCGUCCUGUCCCUGACCGUUCGACGUCGUCAGGUCCGGCUGGUGAAGAUACACCUGCAACGUGCGGCAUGACAAGCAGCAACUCGCACGAACCUUCUGCAACUCGUGUCACGCUAGACCCCGAAGGUUAGUCUGCCAGGUAUAGGCUCACCGAGGACUCAGGCCGCUCGGCUAUUAGUUGGCCAUAACAGCGCUGUUUUCGGACGCAUGUGCAAGUCUCUUUUUGGUUUUCCCCCUCCUUGAGUUUUACCCGGGCGACCGUUACAUGUACAGCAGCAGACCAUAGAGUUAGCGAUGCAGCUAUCACCGCACCCAGGCCGGUCGUGCUGCUCGCUUCGUGGUCCUUUGCAUUCCCUGCUCUUCCGUCAGUGCCAAUGCCAACCAAGGACAGCGUUCAACCAUCGAUCGAUACGCAGACGCUACACUACGUCUGUUCAGAACUCAGAACAUUCAGAUCGUGUUCCGAACAAAGAAUACUGCCUUUACUCGACAACAGUUCAUCAUCGUAUGGGUGUUUAUCAUCCGUGGGUGAGGGUGAUUUCGCGCGGGAUUCAUGGUGCCAAUAACGAACUGCAGUAAAGGGCUCAAUGUGCCAACACUGGAUCCGGAAGAUGUAUGUACACUAUGUGUGCUUCAGUUGUACAGUAUGUGUGUGUUUUUGAUUUGGUCCCAUUAGUUCUGGGUAUCAGUUUUGCUUGUGAUGGGGAAGCCAGGAUAUUCGUAUCUUGUUAUUUUACAAACACACAUACGAAGGGGGGAGUAAAGCACCUUCGACAGACGAUUAUUCAUCGCUCUACUCUGGAUCUUUACUCUGGGUUGUUUGCUCCGACAGGAGUCGGGGUGGAUCUUAAAGGUUGGUACCGAGAGCCAAGAAGGGUCUCGGCUAACGCCCACUCGCAACCUUACCCUAGCCUUGACCGAGCACGCUCGGUCACCGCUUGACAUUCCUCGUAAAAUCUCAACACAGGAAACUGGCCUGCCUCCGGUGGUAGGCAUAUACCACCUCGCCAUACUGGGACAUCAGCUCACACAGAGUUGAGGGUAUUCACAGCAGUGGUUAUGUUUGACUGCGGGUGCCGAGCGGGAAUUGUUGCCUCUGGGUGUGAAUCGAUCCCGUUUCUCUUUUGACGUUGUUUUCGCUGCGUGUCACCCACGGCGGCAAGGUCUGACUAAAUAUGGUUUGGGAUUUUUCCUGUUCAUGAUUUGCCGAAGAGUUUCAUUUUGGUUUGUAUGAGUUUGUGUGUUCUGAGAGUCACAGUCGUUGUAGCGCCCUUGGCACUUACAAGAUUGGCAGUUAAGAAAUAAUUUGCGUGGAAGAACUCAAAUUCUGAGCACUUGGGCACUGAUUGUGAGCAAAGAGCCCCUAUUAUUUACUAUCCAUUUGUAAGCCCGGUUGAGAACCCUACAGUAAAACCUAUAUUGCGGCCAUUUGUAGCCCACAAGAGGAACUAUUUAGUGCAAUGUACUCUGCAUACGAACCUCAGCCUCGACGAACAGUAGAGAUUCUCAAUUUGAGUGCGGGCACUAGCUGUAUCUGAUGGGACGAAAACAUGAUGUCUCUUGUUUGUUCCUACUAAAAUAUGGUACCAUUCGGGGGUAGUAGCCUGUGACCAUGGAAGGAAUCAAGGAGUAUGGAUGUUUGAAGGCACGAGCAGAGACCAGAACGUUUUCUUCUGUGUAUUAUAGGUGACACCAGCACACCAGCCGGGGUCACACAGGGGAAAGAUAAGCA